UAACGGCGCAUGUGCAGCUCCGACGUGUACGGAUGAGUAGGUAGUGUGGCUCACAGGAAAAAGAAAACAUAAAAAUAAUCCCAAAUGAUCAAACACGUUUUCCUGACAGGUCCUCCAGGUGUGGGGAAGAGCACUUUGGUGCAGAAGGCCUGUGAUGUCAUGACGUCAUCAGGGGUUUCUGUAGAAGGCUUCUACACCCAAGAGGUGAGGGAGGGGGGGCGCAGGGUCGGCUUUGACGUUGUCACAUUGACCGGACAAAGGGGGCACCUGUCUAGAAUCAGAGGGAAGACUGUAACACCUCCUGGAGUGAAGGAGUUCAUGGUUGGGAACUACAUAGUGGAUCUGCAGUCCUUUGAGCACCUUGCUCUACCCCUCUUUAGAAACUUUGAGUCUGCUGGAGCCAGGAAGCUGUUCAUCAUAGAUGAGGUUGGUAGGAUGGAGCUGUUCAGCCAGUCCUUCAUCAGAGCGGUCAGACAGACGUUGGACAGUUCCGUUUGCUGUGUUCUGGGGACCAUCCCUCUCCCUAAAGGAAAACCACUGGUGUUAGUGGAAGAGAUACGAGCCAGGCCAGAUGUCACAGUCUUCACUGUCACCAAGGACAACAGGGAUGUAAUAUUGUCAGAUAUUUUGUCAGUGUUACAGAACUGCCUCAAGCAAAGCCUUUAAUCCAGAGAAGGUUAUCCACUGUCAUUGAGAGUGGUUGGAGCAGCACAGGGGCACCCAGAGUUUAAAACGCAGUGGCAAUUUCCUGCUGUCAGGAGAAGCUUCACCAUAAUCUUGUUUAUUUUCGUGAACAAAACCCAACCCUGAUGUCGGGAGACACGAUAACCUUUCAUCAACCCUUCAACCAGUGCCCUGAUUAUUGAUCUGGUCAAACCACAACACUCGGAGGUCAUACAGAGAGAGAUCAUUUAACAGGAAACCACAUUUCUUAUCCUGAUGGAUUGGUCAUGAUCAGUGUAAAUAAACAAAGAACCAGUUGAAAACUAAGCUGCUGUUGACCGACUGUUUUGUCUUUCUCUAUAUUUGUUCUAUUAAUUUGAGCAGAACUCUUAGGAUUUAUGUUCAUUUUAUUAAAUUGUUUUAUGUUUACACUUAACCUGCAGCUUUCUGAUGUUUUUUAAAAGACAUACUGAGAAACAAAGGGCCCUGUCAGUGUAAAGGUUCUACUAUAUGUUUAUAUAGAUACAGAGAAACAAAGGGCCCGGCAGUGUAAAGAUACUACUGUAUAUUUAUAUAGAUACAGAGAAACAAAGGGCCCGGCAGUGUAAAGAUACUACUGUAUAUUUAUAUAGAUACAGAGAAACAAAGGGCCCGGCAGUGUAAAGAUACUACUGUAUAUUUAUAUAGAUACAGAGAAACAAAGGGCCCGGCAGUGUAAAGAUACUACUGUAUAUUUAUAUAGAUACAGAGAAACAAAGGGCCCUGUCAGUGUAAAGGUUCUGCUAUAUGUUUAUAUAGAUACAGAGAAACAAAGGGCCCGGCAGUGUAAAGAUACUACUGUAUAUUUAUAUAGAUACAGAGAAACAAAGGGCCCAGCAGUGUAAAGAUUCUACUGUACUCCUUUACAAUAAAGCACUAUGUAUAACAGCAUAACACACUGUUUUGACAUU